GACGAGAAAGGGCCGAAAGUCCACGAGCCUGGAAUUAAAAUGUGCAUAACACCCAACAGAGUAAUCUUUUUUUCUUUCUACCUAUGGAUCCCUCAGAUCAAAAUCCACUAACAAUCCACCUAGUCACAACAACUAACUCGCCCGAGUUCACUCAUCUGACUGAGUCUCUGACUCGUUCUUCCAUCAUCGGGCUUGACGCAGAGUGGAAGCCCGUUCGAGGUCACCAAUCCACAUUCCCCACCGUCGCUCUUCUUCAACUCGCUUGCCAACUCAGACCUCAAUUCGGCUCAGACUCGGCCGAGUCACUUGUUUUUCUGCUUGACUUGUCCCUAAUUCGGCUAUCUUCAAUAUGGAAAUUACUCAAAGAGGUUUUUGCCUCUCCUGAUAUAUUGAAAUUGGGAUUUAGAUUUAAACAAGAUUUAGUUUACUUGUCUUCAACUUUCUGCUCACAAGGUUGUGAUCCUGGGUUUCACAAGGUGGAACCAUAUUUGGAUAUUACUAGCAUAUACCAUUUUCUGCAACACAAGCAACGAGGAAGGAAGAUACCGAAAGAGACGAAGAGUUUGGCCACAAUUUGCAAUGAAGUCUUGGGGAUAUCUCUUUCAAAGGAACUUCAAUGCAGUGAUUGGUCACAUCGUCCUCUUACAGAAGAGCAAAAAGCAUAUGCAGCAAUUGAUGCCCACUGCUUGCUUGAAAUUUUUAAUGUCUUUCGAGCCAAUGUUUCUAAAGAAGGGGAAUUUUAUAAUAAUGUGAUGGAACUGCAAUCUUCCAAUAUAAUUAGUCAUGGGUUGAAAGAAAUUCUUGAAAGGUUUGAUGCUGGUGAUGCACUUAUCAGGACCAGGUUUUCUGAAGCAUUGAACAUCAUCCAAGCUACUGUUGCGUCUGAGGAUUCUCACAGAAUAGCCAGGGGUGAGAGAGUAGUUUCAAUAACAUCAUCCAUCAAUACUCUGCCUAUGGAUGAAUUACUCUUGAAUAUAGUAAGAAGAUUUGGUGAAAAAAUUGUAUUGGGAGAAUCUGACAGGAAACCAAAAGCCUUUAGAAAGAAAGGGAAGAAACGGUCUUCAAUUGUGACUUGCAGAGAAAAGCUAUUAGGCAACAUCUGUGACUGGCAAGGCCCCCCACCUUGGGAUUUUUCCUUAGGUGGUGAUGGAUGCCCCAAGUUCCUGUGUGAUGUUAUGGUUGAAGGCUUGGCAAAACAUUUACGAUGUGUGGGGAUAGACGCAGCAAUUCCAUAUUCAAAAAAGCCUGAAUCCAGAGAAUUAAUAGAUCAAGCAAGGAAGGAGCAUAGAGUGCUUUUGACGCGAGAUGCAAAGUUAUUGAGAUUCCAGUACUUGAUAAAGAAUCAAAUAUACAGAGUGAAGAGUCUUCUUAAAAAUGAACAACUUCUUGAGGUAAUUGAAACUUUUAAAUUACAAAUUAGUGAGGAUCAGCUGAUGUCAAGGUGCACCAAAUGCAAUGGGAGGUUUAUUCAAAAGCCACUGUCAACAGAAGAGGCUGUUGAAGCUGCAAAGGGCUUUCAGAAAAUACCAGACUGCUUGUUUAACAAAAAUUUAGAGUUCUGGCAGUGCAUGGAUUGCAACCAACUUUACUGGGAGGGAACUCAAUACCAGAAUGCAGUUCAGAAGUUCAUUGACAUCUGCAAGUUGAACGAGUAACUUUUAAGGAUAGAUUGGUGCUUUGUACAGUAAUUGUAUGGGAAAAUGUAGGCCAAGAGACUUGAGUUUUGACCAUUGGAUCACUUUAAUCUAACAUACUCCUUAGCUUGUAUUUUUUAUGAUAUUUAAACACCUUUUGACAUGUAUUUCAUUUAAUUUGUCUAUGUGUAAUAUAUAUAGGUGUUUUAAUGUUAUCAUUAAUAAAAUUCAGGUGUUUAAGAGAUUUUAAAAGUAA